CUGAAAUCAGGCUGGGCUAGGAGUCUGGUCUGGAGCUGGAGCUCCAGCUGGACUGCCUCUGCCAUGCAGAACGUGCUGGGUGUUGAACUCUCCUGCCCUGGCAUGAAGAGUUUCAGGACUCUUCUCCUGCUGCCACUGCUGGUGCUGUUGGGGGCCAGAGUGCCAGGAACCUGGGGUCAAGCUGGGAGCCUGGACCUACAGAUAGAUGAGGAACAACCAGCAGGCACACUGAUUGGAGACAUCAGUGCAGGGCUUCCACCAGGCACAGCACCUCCUCCCAUGUACUUCAUCUCUGCCCAGGAAGGCAGUGGUGUGGUCACAGACCUCUCUAUUGAUGAGCACAGUGGGGUGGUCCGUACAGCCCGUGUCCUGGACCGUGAGAGGAGAGACCGUUACCGCUUCACUGCUGUCACUCCCGAUGGUGCCACUGUAGAAGUUACGGUUCGCGUGGCUGAUAUCAAUGACCAUGCACCAGCUUUCCCUCAGGCCCGGGCUGCCCUGCAGAUACCUGAACAUACAGCUCUUGGUACACGCUACCCACUGGAGCCUGCUCGUGAUGCAGAUGCUGGCCGCCUAGGAACCCAAGGGUAUGCACUAUCUGGUGAUGGGGCUGGAGAGACAUUCAGGCUGGAGACACGUCCUGGUCCUAAUGGAGCUCCAGUGCCUGAGUUGGUAGUUGUUGGAGACCUGGACCGAGAGAACCGCUCACACUACAUGUUGCAACUAGAGGCCUACGAUGGUGGCUCACCCCCGCGGAGAGCUCAGGCCCUGCUGGAUGUAACACUGCUGGAUAUCAAUGACCAUGCCCCAGCUUUCAAUCAAAGCCGAUACCAUGCUGUUGUAUCUGAGAGUCUGGCCCCUGGCAGUCCUGUCUUGCAAGUGUUUGCAUCUGAUGCUGAUGCUGGUGCCAAUGGAGCCGUGACUUAUGAGAUCAACAGGAGACAGAGUGAAGGCGAUGGACCCUUCUCCAUUGAUUCACACACAGGGCUUCUGAGGCUGGAGCGCCCAUUGGAUUUUGAACAAAGGCGAGUCCAUGAACUGGUGGUACAGGCACGAGAUGGUGGGGCUCACCCAGAGCUGGGUUCAGCUUUUGUGACAGUGCAUGUUCGAGAUGCUAAUGACAAUCAGCCCUCCAUGACUGUCAUCUUCCUGAGUGCUGAUGGCUCCCCCCGAGUGUCUGAGGCUGCCCCCCCUGGACAGCUUGUUGCUCGAAUCUCUGUGUCAGAUCCAGACGAUGGUGACUUUGCUCACGUCAAUGUAUCCCUGGAGGGUGGAGAGGGCCACUUUGCCCUAAGUACCCAAGACAGUGUCAUCUACCUGGUGUGUGUGGCUCGGAGGCUGGACAGGGAGGAGAGGGAUGUUUAUAACUUACGGGUUACAGCCACGGACUCAGGCUCACCCCCACUACGGGCCGAAGCUGCCUUUGUGCUACAUGUCACUGAUGUCAAUGACAAUGCGCCUGCUUUUGACCGCCAACUCUACCGACCUGAACCUCUGCCUGAAGUUGCAUUGCCUGGCAGCUUCGUGGUACGGGUGACUGCCCAAGACCCUGACCAAGGUACCAAUGGUCAGGUCACCUAUAGUUUGGCUCCUGGCACUCACACUCACUGGUUCUCCAUUGAUCCCACCUCAGGCAUCAUCACCACAGCUGCCACACUGGACUAUGAACUAGAACCUCAGCCACAGCUUAUUGUACUGGCUACGGACGGGGGCCUGCCCCCUUUAGUCUCCUCUGCCACAGUUAGUGUGGCCUUACAAGAUGUGAAUGACAAUGAGCCCCAGUUCCAGAGGACUUUCUAUAAUGCCUCACUGCCUGAAGGUACCCAGCCUGGAACCUGUUUCUUGCAGGUGACAGCCACAGAUGCUGAUAGCGGUUCAUUUGGCCUCCUCUCCUAUUCCUUGGGUGCUGGGAUUGGAGCUUCUGGAUCUCCCCCAUUCCGUAUUGAUGCCCACAGUGGUGAUGUAUGUACUACCCGGACCUUGGACCGUGACCAGGGACCUUCAAGCUUUGACUUCACAGUGACAGCUAUCGAUGGGGGAGGCCUCAAGUCCAUAGUGUAUGUGAAGGUGUUUGUGGCUGAUGAGAACGACAACCCACCUCAGUUUUAUCCACGGGAGUAUGCUGCCAGUCUGAGUGCUCAGAGUACACCAGGCACAGCUGUGCUGAGGGUGCAUGCCCAUGACCCUGACCAGGGACCCCAUGGGCAGCUCUCCUACCACAUCCUGGCUGGCAAUAGUCCCCCACUCUUUGCAUUGGAUGCACACUCAGGGCUGUUGACAGUAGCCUGGCCCUUGGCCAGACGGGCUAAUUCUGUGGUGCAGCUGGAGAUUGGGGCUCAGGAUGGAGGUGGCCUGCAAGCAGAACCCAUUGCCCGAGUCAACAUCAGCAUUGUGCCUGGAACCCCCACACCACCUAUAUUUGAACAACUACAGUAUGUUUUUUCAGUGCCAGAGGAUGUGGCACCAGGCACCAGUGUGGGCAUAGUACAGGCACACAACCCACCAGGUCGUUUAGGGCCUGUGGCCCUCACCCUAUCAGGUGGGGACCCCCAAGGACUCUUCUCCCUCGAGUCACCCUCAGGGCUUUUAAAAACAAUUCGCCCUCUGGACCGGGAGCUUCUGGGACCUGUCCUAGAGCUAGAAAUUCGAGCAGGCAGUGGAAUCCCUCCAGCUUUUGCUGUGGCUCGGGUCCGUGUGCUGCUGGAUGAUGUGAAUGACAACUCUCCUGCCUUCCCUGCCCCUGAAGACACCGUAUUACUGCCACAAAACACCUCUCCAGGGACUCCCAUCUAUACACUGCGUGCUCUAGACCCUGACUCAGGUGCUAACAGUCAAGUCACCUUUAGUCUACUUGCAGGAGGUGAUGGAAUGUUCACUGUGGACCCUAUCACAGGCCACAUCCGGCUUAUGGGACCUCUGGGACCUCCAGGGGGUCCAGCCUAUGAGUUGGAGGUGGAGGCCCGGGAUGGAGGCUCCCCACCACGCACCAGCCACUUUCGACUUCGUGUGGUAAUACAGGACUUGGGAAUCCAUGGACUGGCUCCACGGUUUGACAGCCCUACCUACCGUGUAGAUUUGCCCUCAAGCACUACCACUGGAACUCAGAUCUUGCAAGUGCAGGCUCAGGCACCAGAUGGGAGCCCUGUUACUUAUCAUCUUGCAGCAGAUGGAGCCAGUAACCCCUUUGGCCUGGAGCCACAGAGUGGGUGGCUAUGGGUACGGGCAGCACUGGACCGUGAAUCCCAAGAGUUGUACACAUUGAAGGUGAUGGCGGUAUCUGGUUCCAGAGCUGAAUUGGGGCAACAGACAGGCACAGCCACUGUGAGGGUCAGCAUCCUCAACCAAAAUGACCAUAGUCCCCGCUUGUCUGAAGAGCCCACCUUCCUGGCUGUAGCAGAGAAUCAACCCCCAGGGACCAGUGUAGGCCGAGUCUUUGCCACUGACAGAGAUUCAGGACCCAAUGGACGUCUGACCUACAGCCUUCGACAGCUGUCAGAAGACAGCAAGGCCUUUCGCAUCCACCCCCAGACUGGAGAAGUAACUACACUUCAAAGCCUGGACCGGGAGCAUCAGAGCAGCUUCCAGCUCCUGGUGCAUGUGCAGGAUUCAGGGAGUCCACCUCGCAGCACCACAGGCACUGUGCAUAUUGCAGUGCUGGACCUCAAUGACAACAGUCCCACCUUCCUGCAAGCUUCAGGGGCUGCUGGCGGGGGCCUCCCUAUACAGGUACCAGACCGUGUGCCUCCAGGGACACUGGUGACUACUCUGCAGGCCAAAGAUCCAGAUGAGGGGGAGAAUGGAACCAUCCUGUACACCCUAACUGGUCCUGGCUCGGAGCUCUUCUCUCUGCAUCCUCACACCGGGGAGCUGCACACUGCAGCAUCCCUGAUUAGAGCAGAGCGGCCCCACUAUGUGCUAACUCUGAGCGCUCACGACCAAGGCAGCCCCCCUCGAAGUGCCAGCCUCCAACUGCUAGUGCAGAUCCUCCUGAUUCAGUUUUCCCGCUCUGAGGAUCAGCCGCCCGGGCCCGCGGCGUUGCACGUGGUAGCUCGGGAUCCAGACUUGGGGGAGGCUGCCCGGGUGUCCUAUCGCCUUGCGGCUGGGGGGGGCACGGCCACUUCCGGCUACACGCUACCACUGGUGAGAAUUGGGCUCUGGAUGGGAGGCGUGGAGGGAGCGCUGUCCGUGGUGCGGCCUCUGGACCGUGAACAGCGAGCUGAGCAUGUACUGACAGUGGUGGCCUUGGACCAUGGCUCCCCGCCACGUUCAUCUACUCAACUCCUGACUGUCAGUGUUGUUGACAUCAACGACGAGGCACCCGCUUUCCCUCACCAGGAGUACAGCGUCCUUCUUCGUGAGAACAGCCCACCUGGCACUUCUCUGCUCACUCUGAAGGCAACUGACCCUGACCUUGGGGCCAAUGGGCAAGUGACUUAUGGGGGUGUCUCUGGUGAGAGCUUCUCUCUGGACCCAAACACUGGAGUUCUCACGACUCUGAGGGCCCUGGAUCGGGAGGAGCAGGAGGAGAUCAACUUGACAGUAUAUGCCCGGGACAGAGGCUCGCCACCCCUGUUAACUCAUGCUAUAGUUCGAGUGACUGUGGAAGAUGAGAAUGACCAUACUCCAACCUUUGGGAAUACCCACCUAUCCCUGGAAGUGCCUGAAGGCCAGGACCCCCAAACCCUUACCAUCCUACGGGCCUCUGAUCCAGACAAGGGGCUCAAUGGACAGCUACAGUACCGCAUCCUGGAUGGCGACCCUUCAGGAGCCUUCACCCUAGAUCUUACUUCUGGGGAGUUUGGCACCAUGAGGCCACUAGACCGGGAGGUAGAGCCAGCAUUCAAGCUACAGAUAGAGGCCAGGGAUGGAGGCCAGCCAGCCCUCAGUGCCACCUUGCUUGUGACAGUGACAGUGCUGGAUGCCAAUGACCAUGCCCCAGCCUUUCCUGUGCCUGCUUAUUCUGUGGAGGUACCUGAGGAUGCGCCUUCAGGGACCCUACUGCUGCAACUACAGGCUCAUGACCCAGAUGAUGGGGACAAUGGCCGUGUGAUGUACUACCUGGGAGCAGGUACAGCAGGGGCCUUCCUACUGGAACCUACAUCUGGAGAGCUACGCACAGCUACUGCCUUGGACAGAGAACACUGUGCCAGCUAUGCCUUUUCUGUGAAUGCAGUGGAUGGUGCAGCUGCUGGGCCCCUGAGUACCACGGUACCAAUCACCAUCACAGUGCGUGAUGUCAAUGAUCACGCACCUACCUUCCCCACCAGUCCUCUGCGCCUCCGCCUACCCCGCUCAGUUCCUAGUCUCAGUAGACCAACCCUGGCUCUGGCCACACUCCGAGCUGAAGAUCGUGAUGCCGGUGCCAAUGCCUCCAUUCUAUACCGGCUGGCAGGCACACCACCCCCUGGCACCACUGUGGACUCUUACACUGGUGAAAUCCGUGUGGCUCGCUCUCCUGUAGCUCUGGGACCUCGGGAUCGUGUCCUCUUCAUUGUGGCUACUGACCUUGGCCGACCAGCUCGCUCUGCCACUGGUGUGGUCAUUGUUGGAAUACAGGGAGAGUCUGAGCGUGGACCCCGCUUCCCCCGAACUAGUAAUGAGGCUGUUCUCCGUGAAAAUGCACCCCCAGGAACUCCAGUCAUCUCCCCAAAGGCUGUCCAUUCAGGGGGCUCAAAUGGACCAAUCACCUAUAGCAUUCUCAGUGGGAAUGAGAAAGGGAUAUUCUCCAUCCAGCCUAGCACAGGAGCCAUCACAGUUCGCUCAGCAGAGGGUCUUGACUUUGAGACAAGCCCACGGCUACGACUGGUGCUCCAAGCAGAGAGUGGAGGAGCCUUUGCUUUUUCAGUGCUGACCCUGACCCUUCAAGACGCCAAUGACAAUGCUCCCCGUUUCCUGCGGCCUCACUAUGUGGCUUUCCUGCCAGAGUCCCGACCUUUGGAGGGGCCUCUGCUGCAGGUGGAAGCGGAUGACCUGGAUCAAGGCUCUGGAGGACAGAUCUCCUACAGUCUGGCUGCAUCCCAGCCAGCACGGGGUUUAUUUCAUGUAGACCCAGCUACAGGCACUAUCACUACCACAGCUAUCCUGGACCGGGAAAUCUGGGCUGAAACACGGCUGGUACUGAUGGCCACAGACAGAGGAAGCCCAGCCCUGGUGGGUUCAGCUACCCUGACAGUGAUGGUCAUCGAUACCAAUGAUAAUCGCCCCACCAUCCCCCAGCCCUGGGAGCUCCGAGUGUCAGAAGAUGCACUGUUGGGUUCAGAGAUCGCACAGGUAACUGGGAAUGAUGUGGAUUCUGGACCAGUGCUAUGGUAUGUGCUGAGCCCAUCUGGGCCUCAGGAUCCCUUCAGUAUUGGUCGCUAUGGAGGACGUGUCUCCCUCACGGGGCCCCUAGACUUUGAGCAAUGUGACCACUACCACCUACAGCUGCUGGCACAUGAUGGACCUCACGAGGGCCAUGCCAACCUCACAGUACUUGUGGAGGAUGUCAAUGACAAUGCACCUACCUUCUCACAGAGCCUCUACCAGGUGAUGAUGUUGGAGCACACCCCACCAGGCAGUGCCAUUCUCUCCGUCUCUGCCACUGACAGAGACUCUGGCGCCAAUGGUCACAUUUCCUACCAUCUGGCUUCUCCUGGUGAGGGCUUCAGUGUUGACCCCAACAAUGGAACUCUGUUCACAACAGUAGGAGCAGUGGCCUUGGGCCAGGAGGGGCCAGGAGUGGUGGAUGUGGUGCUGGAAGCACGAGACCAUGGGGCUCCAGGCCGAGUGGCCCGGGCCACGGUGCAUGUUCAGCUGCAGGACCAGAAUGACUAUGCCCCAAGCUUCACACUACCACACUACCGUGUUGCUGUGUCUGAAGAUUUGCCCCCUGGUUCCACCCUGCUCACCCUGGAGGCCACAGAUGCUGAUGGAAGCCGCACCCAUGCCACUGUGGACUACAGCAUCAUCAGUGGCAAUCGGGGCCGAGUCUUCCAGCUGGAGCCCCGACUGACUGAGGCUGGGGAGGGUGUUGGAUCAGGUCCUCAGGCAUUGGGUUGCCUAGUGUUGCUUGAGCCUCUAGACUUUGAAAGCCUGACACAGUACAAUCUAACUGUGGCUGCAGCUGAUCGGGGACAGCCACCCCGAAGUUCAGCCGUGCCAGUGACAGUCACUGUACUGGAUGUCAAUGACAACCCACCUGUAUUUACCCAAGCAUCCUACCGUGUGACAGUACCUGAGGACAUGCCUGUUGGAGCUGAGCUGUUACAUGUGGAGGCCUCUGAUGCUGACCCUGGACCUCAUGGCCUUGUGCGUUUCACCCUCAGCUCUGGUGACCCUUUGGGGCUCUUUGAGCUGGAUGAGAACUCUGGUGCUUUGCGUCUGGCCCACCCUUUGGACUGCGAAACCCAGGCUCGACACCAGCUUGUGGUGCAGGCAGCUGAUCCUGCUGGAACACACUUUGCUUUGGUUCCAGUAACAGUUGAGGUCCUAGAUGUGAAUGACCAUGGUCCAGCCUUCCCAUUGAACCUGCUCAGCACUAGCCUUGCUGAGAACCAGCCUCCAGGCACUCUUGUGACCACACUACAUGCAAUUGAUGGGGAUGCUGGGACUUUUGGUAGACUUCAGUACAGCCUGUUGGAGGCAAUGCCAGGACCUGAGGGUCGUGAGGCAUUUUCACUGAACAGCUCAACAGGGGAACUUCGGGCACGAGUGCCUUUUGACUAUGAGCACACAGGAAGCUUCCGUCUGCUAGUGGGUGCUGCUGAUGCUGGGAAUCUCUCAGCCUCUGUCACUGUGUCAGUGCUGGUUACCGGAGAAGAUGAAUAUGACCCUGUAUUCCUGGCUCCAACUUUCCACUUCCAAGUGCCAGAAGGUGCCCAGCGUGGCCACAGCCUGGGUCAUGUGCAGGCCACAGAUGAGGAUGGGGGUGCUGAUGGCUUGGUGCUCUAUUCGCUGGCUACCUCUUCCCCCUAUUUUGGUAUCAACCAGACGACAGGUGCUCUGUACCUACGAGUGGACAGUCGGGCACCAGGAAGUGGAACAACCACCUCUGGGGGUGGGGGCCGGACCCGACGCGAAGCACCUCGGGAGUUAAGGCUGGAGGUAGUAGCAAGAGGGCCUCUGCCUGGGUCCCGGAGUGCCACAGUGCCUGUGACUGUGGAUAUUACCCACACUGCUCUGGGCCUGGCACCUGACCUCAACUUGCUAUUGGUAGGGGCUGUGGCAGCCUCUUUGGGAGUUGUGGUAGUACUUGCUCUGGCAGCUCUGGUCCUGGGCCUUGUUCGGGCACGGAACCGCAAGGCUGAGGCAGCCCCUGGCCCGAUGUCACAAGCAGCACCCAUAGCCAGUAGCUCUUUACAGAAACUGGGCCGGGAACCCCCGAGUCCACCACCCUCUGAACACCUGUAUCAUCAGACUCUCCCCAGCUAUGGUGGGCCAGGAGCUGGAGGACCCUACCCUCGUGGGGGCUCCUUGGACCCUUCACAUUCAAGUGGCCGAGGCUCAGCAGAGGCUGCAGAGGAUGACGAGAUCCGCAUGAUCAAUGAGUUUCCCCGUGUGGCCAGUGUUGCCUCCUCCCUGGCAGCCCGAGGCCCUGACUCAGGCAUCCAGCAGGAUGCAGAUGGACUGAGUGACACAUCCUGUGAGCCUCCUGCCCCUGACACCUGGUAUAAGGGCCGAAAGGCAGGGUUGCUGCUGCCGGGUUCAGGAGCCACUCUGUACCGAGAGGAGGGGCCUCCAUCCACUGCUACAGCCUUCCUGGGGGGCUGUGGCCUGAGCCCUGCACCCACUGGGGACUAUGGCUUCCCAGCAGAUGGAAAGCCAUGUGUAGCUGGUGCUCUGACAGCCAUCGUGGCUGGUGAGGAAGAGCUCCGUGGCAGCUAUAACUGGGACUACCUGUUGAGCUGGUGCCCUCAAUUCCAACCUUUGGCCAGUGUCUUCACAGAGAUAGCUCGGCUCAAGGAUGAAGCUCGGCCAUGUCCUCCUGCUCCCCGUAUUGACCCGCCACCCCUCAUCACUGCUGUGGCCCAUCCAGGAGCCAAGUCUGUUCCCCCAAAACCUGCAAGCACAGCUGCAGCCCGGGCCAUCUUCCCACCAGCCUCUCACCGCUCUCCCAUCAGCCAUGAAGGUUCCCUGUCCUCUGCUGCCAUGUCUCCCAGCUUCUCACCCUCACUGUCUCCUUUGGCUGCUCGUUCCCCUGUUGUCUCACCAUUCGGGGUAGCCCAGGGCCCCUCAGCUUCAGCACUCAGCACAGAGUCUGGCCUGGAGCCGCCUGAUGACACAGAGCUGCGCAUCUAGCUGUGGCCCUAACUGGGCCCCGACCUGGGAUACGUACAGUGUCCCCAAAGCAGGCCCCGUUCUCAGCCUGCCCUGGGCAGCCUCAGAUCAUGACUGGCCAUGGGGAGGCCACCACCAGUCCCCAAAUCUCCACCCCAAACUCUUAUAGUUGGGACAGGUCCCACAUUUUACCCCAGUCUCCUCAGCACUAGGACCACAGAGGGUCUGUUGGUCACUGACCUGUGUCCAGAUCCAGUGUGAGGAGAAAUAAGAAUGAGGCAACAGCCUUGGUUUCUCUUCAGCCAAUCCUUUCUGUCCUGCACCAGCACCCUGCAAUGGAGCUGAGACUUUAUUUAUUGGGGGGUAGGGGGAUGGGGGAAGUCCCUCCAACCUGUUAGGACCCAAUUUCUUUGGGUUCCUUUGACACCCCUGCCCCUGCCCAGAACAAGUGCCAAUUCUC